AUGAGUAGGGCAUGGCUUAUUCCUUCUCGUUAUGAUGUGUUUUGCCCUAAUUGGAAUGUUGUGGGGAAGAAGUGGAAGGGGGAUGAGGUGUGCACGGAAGGGAGCAUCUGCAUUAUGGAGUCUAUCAGAUGGGCGGUUGAAUACGAGGAGCAAAGGAAUUAUUGGGAAGAGGUAGUGGAGCAGACCCCCUGGAACUGGAAAUGGGAUGAAGCCGACCGCCGAAUCGAGCGCCUGUUCCGUGGGCACGAUUGCGUAGAUUGCAAAGGGAAAAAAGCAGCCAUGGUCAGCAUCCGCUAUAUUCUGGAGUGCCGCAUGUUCUUGGUGUUAAGUAAUAGGCCUGCUAGUACGAAGCCCACAAUUGUAUUGGCUUGUCUUGGGUUAGGUGAUUGGUUAUAA